UCGAUCCCACGUGCUGGAGGGAAGUGUUUCUCCAGUCUGUGAGGGUUUAAGUGCAGUUCUUCUCCCUGGUGAAGCUGAAACCAACAUCUACUUUCUGAGCAUCGGGGAAUGAAGUAUUUUUGAAGCUUAUUUUUAUCAGGAAACAAGAACUCUGAAAUCAUGGCGGGGAAACCCAAGCUGCACUACACCAAGGGAAGGGGGAAGAUGGAGUCAAUCCGAUGGCUGUUAGCAGCAGCUGGGGUUGAGUUUGAGGAAGAAUUCAUAGAGAAAAAAGAAGACUUAGAAAAAUUGCUCAAUGAUGGAGUCCUGCUGUUUCAGCAGGUGCCCAUGGUGGAGAUGGAUGGGAUGAGGAUGGUGCAGACCAGAGCCAUCCUCAGCUACAUUGCAGCAAAGUACAACCUCUAUGGGAAGGACCUCAAGGAGAGAGCUUGGAUUGAUAUGUACGUGGAGGGAACUACAGACCUAAUGGGAAUGAUCAUGUAUCUCCCUUUUCAACCAGCUGAUACAAAAGAAAAGAAUCUUGCCUUAAUCAUUGAACGAGCUACAACCAGGUAUUUCCCUGUUUAUGAAAAGGCCUUAAAAGAUCAUGGACAGGAUUAUCUUGUUGGCAACAAAUUAAGCUGGGCAGAUAUCCAUCUGCUGGAAGCCAUUUUAAUGGUAGAAGAGUGUAAGCCUGAUGCACUGUCUGCAUUCCCUCUGCUGCAGGCUUUUAAAGGAAGAAUCAGCAACAUUCCAACAAUCAAAAAGUUCUUACAGCCUGGCAGCCAGAGGAAGCCACCAACAGAUGAGAAGUCUGUUGCUGUUAUCAGGAAAAUAUUCAAUAUCUAAUCUGAUGAAGAUAACCCAACUGUAGUAUAUUACCAGAACUUGCUUUGUAAGAGUAAAUUGCAUAGCUGUGCUCUGUAACUUGCAUCAUAUGGCCAGUGUUGAAACAAUACACUGUUAAAUGAGAGUAAAAGGCUAAUUUGUACCUGUUGAGUCCAGAAAGAAGAAUUUCACGAAGCAGUUAUAUUAAAUAAAAUAUGCUGACA